UACAUUUCGUCUUCGACUAGCCAGUGCAAAACAGUUUAUGUUGAACUGUCACGUCAGUGAAGACAGUAUACUACCCAAUCAAAGAAACACCAGGAAAUAGUGCAUGUACAGAUAUGCAAUAAGUUUAACAUGUUAUGACUUGACAAUUUUCAAAUAUUUUCGAUCUUACGUUUGUAAUAUGCCUCGUACGUCGAUUUGUUCUGCUAAAGUUAAUUAUAUUCAUUCUAAAAAUCUGUGAGGGGGGAUGAGGGUUCCAACAAAGGAAAAUUUUAGUCUACGUGGUCUAUGAACGGUCCCUUAGAGUGAAUCGUAAAGCUUCACAGCACUGAUUGAAAUGUACAUAAUAACAACGGGUGUGUAUCCAAUCCAUUAUGUUCGAGAAUACCAACCUGUUUUGCCUAAUCCUUAUCAAUAGUAGAUAAUUCUACAAAAAUUCGAUAAACCAGAAACUUAAUCAGUUUCUAUAUCCCAAGGCAAUGUAGCGCGUGGGUUUAUUAUAGUAUCGUUUGGUUUCUUGGAUAGAUUGGACACUUGAAAUUAAUCCCAAAAUGAAUAGUAUUUUGAAAGUCGCACUAGGAUUAAUUGUGAUCACUGCACAAACAUGUGCUCAAACUCCAAAUUUACCAGCUCGUUGUAACAAAUUUUCGUUUGCUUUCUUUGCAAAUUCGAGUGAUUGCGGAAAGUUCGUGUUUUGUGAGGAAGGAUCCCCGGUAGGGUAUCAGUGCAUGUCGGAUGAAAUUUGGUCCCAAGAUGAUGCUGCUUGUGUACUGGGGAAUCAAGAAACGUGUGAACCUUGGAAUGUACAGAAAGCCUGUGUAGGAUUGGAAGACGGAUCAAUACUUCAUCCACGGAACUGUGACCGUUUUAUUAUUUGUUCCAACGAGCAGGCGGAGGAAGUGGUUUGUCAACCUGGAUUUGUGUUUUUGGAAACGAAUGCCAGUUGUGUGAUCGGCAGUUCAAUACAGUGCGAAUCCUUAGAAUAUCUGUGCUCGGAUAACAAAACUCCUGCAAGUUUUCCUCAUCCUGAUUACUGCGAUGCAUUCAUUAAUUGUAAUGAAAACUAUUCAACUGUAGAAUUCUGUCCAGUUAAUGAAAUUUUUCGGUCAGAUAUUGAAUUCUGCGUUCCCGGUAAUCCGGAAAUAUGUGAAGUAGCACAACUGGAUACGAUUUGUAUAAACAGACCCAGCAGUACUGUUCCGCAUCCUCAAAACUGCACUAAAUUUGUCGUAUGCUCUGGAGACUGCACUGAAUCAAAUUGUGCAACACAAGAACUGUGCGGACGAGGUGAGGUAUUCAAUCCACGCAUUUCAUCGUGUGUUGUUGGAAAUGAAGAAUCGUGUGAGCUACUGGACGAUAUCUGCAUUCAACAACAAAACGGGCGGAGAUUUGGGGUUCCGCUUCAUUGCGACCUAUUUAUCGAAUGUUCAAAUAAUAGUGCUAUACUACAUUCAUGUUCGUCGGGCAAAAUUCUUCGUUUGGAUAUGCAAUAUUGUGUCCCAGGAGAUAACGAAUCAUGCGAGUUUACCAUUCUUGAAGAAAUGUGCACUGAUUUGCCAUAUGGAACAAUUUUUCCGCAUCCCUAUGAUUGCGAUAAAUACAUAAUGUGUGAUAUCAAUGAAACAGUGGAAGUACCUUGUCCUGAGGACACCAUUGUAGAACCAGGUAGCAUUGAAUGUGUUCCCGGGGACCGAAAUACGUGUUUGUUCUAUGAAGAUUUUUGUCAAAAUAAUGAUGAUGGGAUGUAUCCUCAUCCAAACGAAUGCAACUCGUUCAUUUUUUGUCAAAACAAUCAAUCACUCAUUCAAUUGUGUCCUCCUGGAGACGUUUUCGAAAUAACUGAGCAGAAAUGUGUUCCAGGAAAUAUGGUAACAUGUACACCCCUCAAUUGUACUGAUCAAAACGAUGGAGUUUCAGCUCAUCCCAACCUAUGCAACAUAUUCAUUCGAUGUGACGAUGUACAAAUUUCUUCCCAACUUUGUUACCGAGAUCAUAUUUUUCAUCCAGCUCUACUAGUCUGUACUCCAGGAAACAUAUCCAACUGUGAUUUCUAUCCUGUCGAGGAAAUGUGCAUUGAUCGUUUCGAUGGAACACGGUAUCCUUACCCUGAACUAGAUGGAUGUACUCAAUAUGUUGUCUGCAGUAACGGACAAGGUUACGCAUUUUCCUGUCCGGAAGGAACAGUGCUGAGGCCACAGGAUUUAGAAUGCGUAGUAGGCAAUGAUGAUACUUGUGAGUAUUUUGAUAUUAUCUGCUCUCCGGAUCACGAUGACGUUCUUAUUCAUCCAAGUAGAUGCGAUAUCAAAAUUGUGUGCUCCACAGGACAGCAUAUUCUAGAGUUUUGUCCCAGUGGACAAAUCUUUGACCCUGAAACAUUCCAAUGUGUUCCUGGUGAUAUCAAUAAUUGUUUUCCUCCGGAAAAUUUUUGCGAAAGUCGCCCCGACGGGGAAUAUGCGCACCCGAAUGACUGUUCUCGAUUCAUUCGUUGCAUCUCUGGUGAAACAAAUGAGCUGGUCUGCUCCGAAGAUGAAAUCUACCGUGCAGAAGUGUCUUUUUGUGUCCCCGGUAACCCUACCAACUGUGAAAAUUUUCCGCUAGAAAUCAUGUGUGCAGAUCGUGUAAAUGGUCAACAAUAUCCUCAUCCAAAUAACUGUGAUAAGUUCAUUGUUUGCCAAGAUGAACAGCCAUUGGUGCAAUCGUGUGAUCGUGGUAUGGUAAUUCAGGCCGGAACAAUAGAAUGUGUUGUUGGGAAUGCGAACACUUGUGAACUGUACCUGCAUCUCUGUGUUGAACAAACAGUAGAAACUAUUGCCCAUCCUGCUGAUUGUGAUUUGUUUAUCAGCUGUCAAUCUACAAAUAUCACGGUGGAAGCUUGCUCGCGUGGAGAAAUUUUUGAUCCUGAAAACUUGAUGUGCUCUGCUGGGAAUAUUGAAGAUUGCGAAUUGUUGAAUUUAUGUUCAGAAGGGAUUGAUGGAGCAGUUUUUCCUUAUCCGGAAUAUUGUGGCUUAUUUAUCCAAUGCGAAGGUAACAUCGAUACUGUGAAACAAUGUCCAACAGGGGAAAUCUUUGAUCAAACCAAAACCGAAUGUGCUCCAGGUGAUGUGGAAACUUGUGAACUUGCUCCCGAAAAAAAUUUCCAAUGAAAAUGAGCUCAUAUGCAAUGCCACGAACAUACGAACACUGGAAACCACCUCUCCAAUCUUCAUAUAUGGUCCAAUAAAUAUUCUUAAUUGCGAUUUCAAAUAUUCCGUUCUAUAUUCCUUGAACAAUCCGAUGACAUUCUUCAAAGAGCCAAACGCCUGUAUUAUAUCGUCUAUUUCUCGUUGAAUUGUUUUUCAUUCAAGCUACUUUGUAUGUUACUGAGAGGGAAUUCCCAUUUUCUGUAAACAUUUUCAGUAAAAUUAAUGUAUGCUAUACCAAUGUUGAUGUAAGACUGUGAUCAAGUAAACUUUUUCUUGAUCGACAUCCCAUCUUAAACUGAAUUCAGAGAUCGAAAACUAAAACAAAAAUGAAAAUAGACCACCGAGGGUGGUUGUAGGAAAGUCAUCUAUUCAUACACAUAAUGUUGUCCGAAGUUGAAGUUUAAAAUAUGUAAGAUGGUAUUCCAAAUUGAUCAGAAGACUUGUCUCAAGUGCGUGAGCCUCAAACUAUAUGACAAAACAGACUAACGUAUCUUAUUCGAAGUAUGACUUUAACCUGUAUGUUUGCUCUCUAUAAUUGAAACAUGCUUACAAAAUUGCACAACCAAUGUGUUUAGCCAAGGCGUCACAUGAACACCGACGGCUAAUGGCUUCAAAUGCUUAAGCUAUAAAUCAGAUCCGAACCGGAAUUCCUGAGUAUGCCAUAAAAACUUCAAACUAUAGUACUGUAAACGAUGCUUUAAAUCGAUUGCACCAAACAGAUUUACUUACAUGCACAUGGUGCCGAUUUGCACCGCCGUAUGCCUGGAAGCCCGAGUAGAGUCUAACAUCAAAAUGAGAACAAAUUGAAAUCUGAUUAUGAUAGCAACAUCAGAUUGAAAUCCUAAUAUGAUAUCGACUCAACAAAUUUUCAAUUAAUAUCACAUUAUGUUAUCAUUUUACUGUUUUAAGGAAAUAGUUUUGUGAAACUCAAAAAAUGAAAAUAUUAAAAUCAACAACUUAGUGAAUCCAUUCAAAUUGAGCAAAAUUUUGCGUUCAGUUUAACAAAAAUGUUUCGAUAUUUGUAGUCAUACGACGUCGCGAAGUUCAUUCAUAAGUUUUUAGAUCAUUAUUUUCAGUGCAUCCAGAAAUCAUUUCGACCCCACAUUAACCUGAGCUCACCACAUAAAGUUUGUUGCCAAGCACGUGGCGUCGUACUGCGGUGUUUUAUGGAGAGUCAAGUCCUUUGUUCCCCAGCGUGUGCUGUAAAAUUUUUAUUUUGCUUACAUCCAUUCACAGCUCAACUACUUGGUAUCGGUGUGGGGGCGAGCCGCUAGUUCUUAUCUGAAGAAACUCCAAACUCUACAAAACAGAUGCCUAAAAAUCAUUUUCAAUAAACCCUUACUAUUCUCGAGUGUAUUGUUAUACUCUGACAGAAACCAUAAUGUUUUACCAAUAACAUACUUAUGUGAUGUCCAAACGUUGCUAUUCAUCCAUGAUAAUUUGUAUAAAUCCACAGUACACCAUAACCUACAGUUCCGAACUAUAUCCCAUUCUAGAACAACACGCCGUAGUAACAAUUUGUUUCGUGUUCGGGCAGCUACAAGCCUUGGUCAAAGACGGAUCCUUUUUGUUGGUCCAACUAAAUAUAAUGCACUUCCGCCUGAUAUACGAGGAAUAAGCAAUCGUGCCACAUUUGCGGCUAGACUAAAGUACCAUUUUAAGCACAGACUGAACGAGAUAUUUAGCUAAUUUAGUUUUUUGUUUUAUAAUGUAAUGUAUUUAUCGUCAAUAGUAUUUCAUAUUAAUAACUAAUUACCUAAAAUAUUUGUACUUUCUUUCCAACAUAGCGUAGUAAUUAAAUUGUGGAUCCCUUAAAAGGAAAUCUUUUCCACUGGGACUCCACUUUAAUAAAUUGCACAUCAAACCAUGAAUAAAUAGAAUCUCAGCGGACUUUGUAUCAAAAUUAAAUUUGUAUUUCUAGUAUUAUUAUUGCCAGUGUCUAUUUGUUUCUUGUUUUUCCGCUGAGACUAGUU